UCGUCUCGGUCAGUCACUUGUAAACAUCCGAAGAUGUACACCAAAGUAGUCGCAUUGUUCGGUUUGGUGGCCGUGGCUGCGGCCGCGGACCUCAGCGUGGGCAGAGAGGGCGGCCAAUUAAUAUUCGACAAGAAUGUCACCGCCAGCCCUGCUAUAUGGAAACAAGUGCAGAACCUCACCGUGAACGCGACCGACGACGGCCUCAUCAGCCGAGUAGUUGUCAUUGACAACAGGCCGAAGAAGGACGGAGAAGCCAAAGUAGUGGACGGAGGAGUAGGACACAAUGACGUCACCAUCGAGCUGAAGAGCCCCACAGUGUUCAGAGGAUUCGACUUCACCGUGAAAGUGUACGCGAGUGAAGGAGCCGCGCAGUUCCCGCAACACCCAGUGCCUGUUGGAGCAUCCAAGGACGGCCAGACCAAAGUGACGCCAGCUGUAGAAGAUCAGCAACAGGCAAACAAGGAACAGCACAGCCAAAAGGUUCCCAUUGAGCUGCCGGCCCAGUCUUCAGAACUGCCCCAAAACAUCCAGACCACACAAUCGUUGGAAAAGAACAUCAAAGUGAAACCCUUACCGCACAUUCUUUAAAUCUUACUUAAGAUGUGAUAAUAAUGUUUAACAUUAAGGAUUUCAUAAUCUAUUAUCUAUUAUAAUAAGUCGGGUUUUCCUUCCUGACGCUAUAACUCCAGAACGCACGAACCGAUUUCCACAGUUUCGCAUUCGUUAAAAAGGUCUCGGGCUCCGUGAGGUUUAUAACAAAGAAAUUUCAGGAAAAAUUUAAAAUUGGUGCCGAAACAAAGUUCGCCGCAUUUGCUAGUAUAUUAGUAACAGGUGGAAGCGCCCCAACUUACAGUGUUUGCCAUUUAUUACUUUUAAAUAAAAUAAAUUUACAAAUACAUA